GCUCCACCUCCGUUUUCGAAACCAUACCAGCAUUUCUUCUUUCAAAGAACCCUCGAAUUGUUUGUCGUUGAGCACUUUCCGAUACCAUGCCCAAAGCAAAGAAAUUAAGAGCACCGGCACUUGUGUCACAGCAGGUUCGCCAUGAACCGCUCGGACAGGUAAUCGAAGGAGAUUCCCAGCGGGGAAGCAAGUAUGCUCCCAGCACCAGUCGUCGCAAACGACGAAAGGACCAAGUGGGGGAAGGAGAAUUUCUCGAUGAAAAGACGUCGCGAAAAAUUUUGGAUAUGAGUCGGGAACAGCAGAUCGAAGAAGAAAUCGAGGAACAGCGAUCUUGGCAUCAGAAGAAUCGACGCCAACAAGAGCAACAAGCGAUUGGCAAGAAAAUGCUGGACGACAGCGACGACGAGGAAGAGGAAGAAAUCGAAGAAAUAAUUCUAGAGGAGGGUGAAGAAGAGUAAGUCGGCUGUUCUGGUUCCAUCCAUUCGAAGCAAAUGGUUCGUUGCACACCACACUGUCCUUUGCACCCAUUUUGUUUCUGAUGAUGUUGUUUUCGAAACACUUUGUCGCGGCGACCGUUUUUUUCUUUAGCUACAUCGAAAACGACCAAGGAUACGUAAAUCUAAAAGAUGGAGCACUAGGCUUAUCGGCAGAAGACGAAGCAAUCGUGGCAGCCAUGAACUCCGGUGGAGGCAUCGAAGAGCGGAAAACACUGGCGGACAUUAUCAUGGAAAAAAUUGCCGAAAAGGAGGGUGAAAAGCACGGGGACAUGGACGAAGACGACGAAGAAGGCCUCCCACCCCUUCCCGAAAAAGUGGUCGAAGUCUAUACCGACAUUGGGAAGAUUCUCAGCCGCUACACCUCCGGAAAGCUUCCGAAGGCCUUCAAAGUCAUUCCGUCGCUCAGCAAUUGGGAACAGGUUCUUUACCUGACACGACCGGAUCUGUGGACGCCCCAUGCCAUGUAUGCUGCCACUCGGAUCUUCGCUUCGAAUCUUAGUCCCAAACUGGCACAACGGUUUUACUACUUGGUGCUGCUGGAUGCCGUGAGAGCCGAUAUUUACCAGAACAAAAAGUUGAAUUACCACUAUUAUAUCUCCCUGAAGAAGGCCGUGUACAAGCCAGCGGCCUUCUUCAAAGGCAUCCUGCUUCCAUUGUGCAAGGAAGAGUGCACGCUUCGGGAGGCCGCGAUUGUCGCUUCCGUGUUGCAGCGAGUCUCCAUUCCGGUCCAUCAUUCCGCGGUUGCCAUCCAUAAACUGGCCCAGAUGAAAGAGUACAACGGCGCGGCGUCUAUAUUUAUCAGAACGCUCUUGAACAAAAAGUAUGCACUCCCCGUGCCCGUCAUCGGGUCGCUGGUUCGUCACUUCGCUUCCUUCCUCCACGACGAGCGCGACCUGCCCGUCCUGUGGCACCAGGCCUUGCUCACCUUCUGCCAACGCUACAAAAACGAAAUCCAGGACCAAGCGCGGGAGUCCCUGCGGCUGGUUAUGAAGGCUCACUUUCAUCACAAGAUCACACCCGAGAUUCGCAGAGAACUGUUUGGAGCAUCGGCCUGGAAGGACGAGCGAGCUGCGGCUUCCACCCAAGGCGGAACCAGCAUGGUCAUGUAAUCUUUGUUUGUUGCGACUUGUUCGCUUACGAACGCCGAAUUUGUUUGGACCUUCGGCGUGGACGAAUGAAUGAGCUGCUGCUUC